AUUUUGUUGUGCAAGCAAUACUAAAUUUCAAACAAAAAUAAUAAAUCAUGUUAAAUUAGUUCAAAAGACUUGUCUUGGUCACGUGACCGCAAGCAUGUGUUGGCGCGAAACCACCAAAAGUGCCAAGUGUCUGUUAUGGUGGCUGUUUCAACCCUCAUUAAAGUGUCAUUAUUGCCCCAUUACUCUUAAACUACAUUAAAAGUGCUGAUAGCAAACUCUCCUUUCUCAUGAGUACAUAUUUGACUCGGUUCUGACUCGCUUGUGUGCCCCCUCAAAAUGACCCCAGAACCACGUACCAGAAGAUCAACAAGGCUUCAUCUGAAGCAAAAGUCUUCAGAAUCACGAAGAACACGAAGACCAAUUAUAAUUUCAGACAGUGAAGAAGAAUCGGAGGUUAUUUACAUAAAUCUAAAGCCCCUUUCGCGUAAUGUAGACUUGCCAGAGAGUACCCCCAUCGUUGAUAACGAGAAAUCACCGUUCAAAAAGCCCCCCAGCACCCCGCACAAAACCAAAUCCAGAAGCCCCCCCGAAGACCGCACCGUGACGCCCCCCAAACAGCGGAAAGUGAGUGGAAAUGACGAAAAUCUGCCCACCACACCCACGGUCCUGCUCCAAAAACUGUCUCUGAUGAGCCCCCAGGAACAGUCAAACAGGAAAAAGUUGUUCCAGGACGAUUUGUAUCAGAAUGCGAGGAGGGCUUUGCACAGUUCAUGCCCAACGAAUAUGCCAGGUCGUGAAAAGGAAUUGUGUGAUUUGAGACAGUUUAUUUUAAAACAUUUGACUGAGGGGACGUCAGGCACGUUGUACAUAAGUGGGCCCCCAGGUACGGGGAAGACAGCUUCGUUGAAUUUGAUUUUGGAGGAUCAGGAAAUCGCGAGAGGGAUUCAACACGUUUAUGUCAAUUGUACGUCGAUCAAGUCGUCUGGUUCGAUUUUUUCGAGGAUUGUCAAGGAUUUGGGGAUUAAAACCAGUGGGAAAACCGAGAAGGAUUAUGUUAGUGCGAUUGAGAAGUUCCUCCAAAAGGGACAUAAAACGGUUCUCCUUGUAUUGGACGAAAUCGACCAAUUAGAGAGCAAGAAACAGUCAGUUCUUUACACAAUAUUCGAAUGGCCGGCCAAUCAGAACUCUCGCUUGAUCCUGAUAGGCAUAGCGAAUGCCCUGGACUUGACCGACCGAAUCCUGCCUCGCCUCCAGGCCCGCUGCGAGCUGAAGCCCCAAUUGAUGCAUUUCGCCCCCUACACCAAGCCCCAAAUCGUCGAAAUAUUCACAAACCGGUUGAAAAAUGCCGGCGUUUUGGACAUAUUCUCCCCAGUGGCGUUGCAAAUGUUGGCAGGCAAAGUCGCCGCCAUUUCAGGGGACGUCCGUCGGGCUUUGGACAUCGGGCGACGUGUCAUCGAAAUGGCCGACAGGAAAAAACGCGGCGAAUGUGUCCUCAAAUCCGUGGAAAAUUUAGCAACGGAAUUGGAGGAGGAAAAGGAGAAAAAGGUUCAGAGUGUCGACUUGAAACAAGUCAUUCAAGUUUUGAACAACGUCUACGGAACGACGCAAAAUCUUGAUGAGGAGGUUGAGGACUCGUUUCCGUUGCAACAGAAAAUCAUCGUUUGUUCGUUGUUGUUGAUUUUGAAAAAAGCGAAGAAUAAGGAUGUGACAAUUGGCCGUCUGCAUGAUGUGUAUAGGAGGGUUUGUGGGAAAAGGAAUAUUCAAGUUGUUGAUCAAGGGGAGUUUGUCGGACUUUGCUCCUUGAUUGAGACCAGAGGGAUCAUGAAAAUUAUCAAAAAGAAAGAUCCCAGAAUGAAUAAAGUUAGUCUGGUGUGGGAUGAAGAGGAAGUUAGUGGAGUUUUGAAGGAUAAACAGUUAAUGUCAAUGAUUUUACAAGAUGACAGUUGCUUAGGGAAAUUGUAAUCAGAUUUUAUAUUUAUGUCAAUGAGUGUUUUUAUUUAUUAACUGAACAUUUUUUAGACUAAAUACAAUGUAAUGUUUUUUUUUAAAUAACAUGCAAGGAACCAGA